AUGGCCACCCCCAACUCCCAAUCCACAAACAGCAUCUCCCAACCAACAACCUCCUUCCCCUUUCUCCCACCAGGAGAUGACACAAAAACAACGACAGACUCUCACAGUCACAAUGACGAAACCACCACCCCAACCACAUCCAACAACAAGACAACGGAUAACAUCCACCAAACCCUAACGGCCCUCCUAACCCACCUCCCCACCCAAGCAACAGCCCUCCUCUCCACAACCCUCAGCCUCUGGGAACGCUACCCGCGCCUAUCAACCUUCCUCCUAAGCCAAACCCUCUGCGCAACCUUCCCGCUCCUCCUCUUUGUCGUCGGCGCCACCGUGACAACGCUAACCGCCGCAAUGAUCGCGCUGAUCGUCUUCGUCGACCUGUCGCAGCUGAUCCUGAUUCCGUCGCUGCUUCUGUCUUCGGUUUUUGCGACGGUGCUCUGGGCGUGGGGUUGGGCUGUGUUUUUUGGGGGGAGGUGGGUGCUUAGGCUUUGUUCUGGGGAAGAAAAUGAGGGGCAGGAUGGGGGAAGGGUUGAGUGGUGGGGGGGGAGGGGGGAUGAUGAGGAGGGUAGGGAUAAGGAGAAGGAGAAGGAGAAGGGGAGGGACUAUGUGAAGGAGUUUAAGGAGAAGGUUGAGCGCGAGGAGAAGGACAGGAAAAUGCAAAGAGAGAAAGAAAAGGAGAAGGGUGGUUCUGUUGAUCUUGCUGCUGGGACGCUCAAGAGUGAGCUGGAGGGUGUCCCGGAGAAAGAUGUCGGCAAGCCGAGUGAGAAGUAA